AUGUUUAACACUGACACGCAGACUGAGGCGUGUCUUUACUGUAUUUCAGGAAGCAUUUCUUUACUGAACUUCACACACCAAAUCAUUCGUGUCUGCUAUCUGUACAUAUUGCUAUAUAUUCCUAAAAUCUUAACGUGUCACAGCUCGUCUAACUUCGUAGACAACACUGACAGCAUCAUGACAGUGUUUGAAAACUGUACUGUUGUGUUUGAUGUGAAGAAUGUGCCUUUUAAAGAGAAGCAGAAGCUGAAAUCAGCUCUUCUGGAGAAUGGAGGAAACAUCUCCUACACCAUCAACAAAGAGUGCUCUUUUGUGGUCACCAGCAGUGUGAAUGACCUGAGCAGUAACAGGCAGCGCAGCAUCCAGAAGCUCCAGAUCCCGGUGGUUGGAACGCAGUAUGUGUGGAGUUGUGUGGAUGAAGGACAUCUUCUGCCUUUGACGGAGCAUAAUUUAACCCCACAGCUGUCAUAUCCAACCAAUGAAUCCCUCCCUUCUCCAGGGGUUAUAGUGUCGACCAAGAUACUAGAAAAAAAUAAGUUCAAAGGUCAGCCUGAUCUCCCAAACGCAGAGGUUGAGAUUCUUGAGAAGGGUGGACCUCGUGCUAGCAAAUUCAGAGUAUACAAAGGUGCUGACCAUGACUUGCCUGAAUUCCCUUCAUUUUUUCAAGUGGCCAAGUACUCGGUUUUUGAAAAGGUAAAACCCAAGACUUUGUCUGUUUUGGAGCUGCAGAGUGUCAAUGGACGAGCAGGCCAGCAGUAUCGUGUGCUCUGUUCAGUGUUGCGUGAAGCUGAGACCGCAGUGCUCCAGGACAAGCUUGUUUUCUGUGAGACGUCUGAAGAUGCUGUGGAAGCUUAUCUGAUGCUGAUGAAGGACAUGGAGACUCAGGGAUUCACAAAGACACACACACUUCCUGCUGAGGUUGAGCACUUGGCAUCUUACAGCCUGCAGCAGCUUCUGCUGGAGGAGAGGCUGAACUGCAGCACAUUAUCAAAGGAAGUUGGUGUCUUCGUGGAGCUGAUUUGGACUGAAGCUCUCGGUUCUCUUAAUAACAUCCUGACAGUCCCAGUGUCCAGAAUCAGCCUCAAUGAUGUGAGCAGGGUGGAAGGAUUGUUACUGCAGGCACAAAAGACUCAGAAUGAAGAUGAAGCCAAAGCCCUGCUAGAGGAGGUUAACACACUCCUGCCCCUCAGAAUAAUCGACCCUCCGUCCAAACACAAGCUUGUGUCUCAGAAACUAGACCUUUGUCAGCUGAUCAGAGAUAUUGUGAAUGUGAGUGAAGCCACUCUGGGAAGCCCGUCCCCUUCGUCUCUGGGAAAGUAUCGAGCUCUGAGGUGCAGCAUUGACUUUGUUCCACCAGAAAACCCUGAGUUUCAUGCAGUUUCUAAACUGCUUCAGGACAGGCCUGUUCAGAUUCAGCAGAUUGUGCGCAUCAGCAGAGGGGUGGAGCUUCAGAUGUUUAGGGAGGAGUUAGGCAACAUUAAGCCCCUCCUCCACUCCACUAGUCCUAGUAGUUUGGUUGGAAUACUGUCACGAGGUCUGCUGCUGCCCAGGGUUGGAGUUGAACUGCAUGGAAUUGAGAGGACGGAUAUCGGGAAUCUUGGAGGAGGAAUCUACUUCAGUGACUCACUAAAGACCAGUGUGAAAUACUCCAAGCCCAGUGUAACUGACGGCUCUCGGCUGCUGUUGGUGUGUGAAGUGGCGUUGGGUCGGUGCAAAGACCUGCUGAAGAAAGACACCAGUUUGACUUGUGCUCCUGACGGCUUCCACAGCGUUCAUGGAGUCCGCCGCUCGCACAACAGACUUUCUGAAUUUGAGGACGAUGAGUUUGUGGUGUUUAACACAGAGCAGAUCAGACUGAAGUAUGUGGUGCAGUUCACUGUGGAGGGGGACGAGUUAAAAGACUUCCAGCCUCAAAUCAGUACCUUACUGGAGCUCACAGACACACCGACUGACGUCUGUAAGUUUUAAGCAACAUCCAGUGAA